GGCAGAGGAGGCAGAGGUGGAGCAACACGAGGUAGAGGUAGAGACGGUCGUUCUGGAAGAGGUGGUUACUCGGCCUUUGGAGGUGACAAACCUAAAAAAGAAUCAAUACUUGAUCUCUCAAAAUAUAUGGACAAAAAAAUACGAGUCAAAUUUAAUGGUGGACGCGAAGUAACUGGAUCAUUGAAAGGCUAUGAUCCUUUACUGAAUCUAGUACUUGAUGAUACUGAAGAACAAUUGAGAGACCCUGAGACAAAUCAUUUGUCUGAUGAUGUAAGGUCAUUAGGAUUAAUUGUUUGUCGUGGUCCCGCUGUAAUAUUAAUAUCACCAGUUGAUGGAACUGAGGAAAUUGAAAAUCCUUUUGUGCAAGACUAA